GUAACAUUCAAUAGCAACGUUGUAAUAAAGUGUAGACAAGACAAGUGUCCGGUUAUAAAUCAGGAAAAUAGAUAAAUGUUACUUUCAUCUCGCACGGGUCAGUGAUAUAUUAUUGGCAAUUAAUACCGAUGGGAAACUUUAUUCAACGUUGCUGUGCCUGUACUCAACCUGAAGAUGAUGUAUUAGGACUACUGUUGAUUGGACUAGAUGGUACAGGAAAAACCGAACUUGCUUACAAAAUCUGUGAAACUAAACGAGAUGAGUAUUUGCAAACUAAAGGUUGCAGAGUGUUCAACGCAAAUAUAGCUGGGACAAAGGUUCAACUGACUGAAAUUGGAGGGGCACCGGAGUUUCGAGACCUAUGGAAAUAUUACUUUCUAGAUAUGUUUGCUGUAAUAUUCGUGAUAGAUGCUUCCAGUAUCAACAACAUAUGCCAGUCUUACAAAAUAUUUAAAAAUCUGAUGGCACAUGACUUCCUGAUAGGCAAACCUUUCCUAAUCAUCGCCAACAAGCAAGAUUUGCCAGGAUCGGUAGAUUGCAUAGAUAUCUGUGAAUACUUAGACGUCGAAUUCCUGGCCAAUAAAUUCAGAAACCCUUGUAUGUUGGAAGCUUGCGGCAACUGGGCCAAUGAGUCGAAUGAAUACGAUGGCUUAAAGCUGGGGAUCAAUUGGCUUGUGAAAACCAUAAUUGCCAACAAACAGUUCCUCACCAAUAGAAUAAACUUUCAUCGUGGGAUGUUGGAGCACAGCUCUAAAUUGUUCCAAAGCCAUCGUCCAUGCACCGGAAUCCGACGAAAGAGCUCAAGAUUUAGCAUACGAGAGUUACGACCAAAAACAGCUCCCUCGGAGUAUCGUAGCUGGCUGAGGGAAAACGACAACAACUAUUUAUCUAAAAGAAACAGCGUGGCUUCCGAAAGAAGUGGAAAAAGUCAGGUCACCAACAUGGGUACUACUGAAACCACUGCAGACUCCAACAGCAAUCCAGACGAACUAUCGAUGGUCGAAGAAGUUACUGAAAGCACCGAAGCCGUGACCACGAUGAAUGAGAAUCACACCGAAACUAUAGUCCUCAUAACAAAUCGACCAACUGAAGAUUUAACUGUUGAGGACCUCUCUUUGACGUUACAUAAUUCAGAAGCUAACAAAAUGUUGAACGGGAUUGUCGUAUAACAUAACACUAUACACACCUAUUAAAUAUUGCUCUUGUGCCAAACACUGUAGUUUGAUUUUGCGGGUAAAUAAAUCUGUAGAGAACCUUAA